UAUAAAAAAUAGUGAUCAUCGUUCUCUGUCAAUCUUUUCAUUCAUAAUCCGAAGAAGAAGGAGAAGAAGAAUGGAUUUUUAUCAACCAGUCGGUUACCAAACCGAUGUUUCCCUCAACAUUACAGCACAUUUGUUUACAAAGCCAGAAUUUCAGAACCAGAACAUCGUAUUCUCACCACUCUCGCUUUUCACCGUACUCAGUAUCAUCGCUGUCGGAUCUGAGGGACCAGCAAAACAACAGCUUCUCUCCUUUCUCCAAGCCAACUCAACUGAUCAUCUCAAUUCCUUUUCCUCUCAACUUAUUUCUUCUACGCUGUCGGAUGCUUCUCGCUUUGGCGGGCCUAGCCUUUCUUUUGUCAAUGGUCUGUGGGUUGAACGAUCCCUUUCUCUUCAACCUUCAUUCAAAAAAACUCUCACCACAUAUUAUAAGGCCAAUUUGGCUUCCGCUGAUUUCCUAACUAAGGCUGGUGAAGUGAUUGAAGAAGUAAAUUUGUGGGGAAAUAAAAAGACAAAUGGUCUUAUUAAAACUAUGGUUCCGCGUGGAUCAGUAAAUGACGAAACCAAACUCAUCUUUGCAAAUGCAUUGUACUUCAAAGGAACAUGGGAUGAGAAGUUUGAUGCUUGGAAAACAAAAGAUUAUGAUUUUCAUAUUUACAAUGGCAACUCAGUCAAGGUUCCCUUCAUAACUAGCACAAAAGAUCAAUUUAUUAGUGUUUUUGAUGGUUUCAAAGUUCUUGGUCUUCCUUAUAAACAAGGCAAUGGGUUAAUUAGUGGUUUUGAUACUUUCAGAAAACUUCUUAGCCUUCCUUACAAACAAGACAAAGAUAAACGUCAAUUUUCUAUGUAUUUUUUCCUUCCUGAUACAAAAGAUGGUCUCCCACUUUUGAUUAAGAAGUUGGCUUCUGAAUCUAAGUUCCUAGAUGACAAGUUUCCUAAUAAAAAAGUGGAAGUAGGUCACUUCAGGAUUCCCAAAUUCAAAAUUUCAUUUGAGCUUGAAACUUCAGAUGUGCUGAAGGAACUGGGAGUGGAUCUACCUUUCUACCCUGGAAGUUUGACAAAAAUGGUGGACUCUCAUAUGGAUAAACAUCUUUCUGUUUCUAAAAUAUUUCACAAGUCUUUCAUUGAAGUAAAAGAAGAAGGUACUGAAGCUGCUGCAAUAACUUUUGGUGUAGUAUCAAAUGGAUGUUCGUUGAAGGCUUUCAUUCCGCCUCAGACAGACUUUGUAGCUGACCAUCCUUUUUUGUUUCUCAUAAGGGAAGAUUUUUCUGAAAAAAUACUCUUUAUCGGGCAAGUGUUCAAUCCUCUUGAUGGGUAAUCAUUGUAACCGACUUAUAUUGGACUUCACUUCACAUCUUAAAAAAAAACAAUAAAUUUGAACAUGUGAGAUAGAUUAUACACAUUCUUGUAUUUUCUUAUUGGCAACUUGGUUAGAAUUUCCAAAAUGUGUCGACAAUGAAUUAUACGACAUUGCUACCUUAGUAUGAAAAAUUUAGAUUUCAUAAAUGUAAAACCCUACUAAAGAUGA